AUGUCUUCUUCGGAACCUCACUCAUUGCCAUCUACCAGCAAUACAACAAGAACUCGCCAAAAAGUACCUCUUCCAAGUGGUUUUGGUUUAAUGCAUUGGUCCAGACAAGCCAUGAAAAUGCCCACAACUACUCAAAACAAAACUAAACAAAUAACAAACAGUGAAAUUGUAAAACACAAUACCAGAUCAGAUGCUUGGGUAAUUUUACGAGGAUAUGUUUAUGAUAUAACAGAUUUUUUACUACAUCACCCAGGAGGGGUUGAUAUUUUGGAUGAAAUUUUAGGAAAAGAUUGCACCAAGUUGUUUGAUGAAUAUCAUGCUUUCGUAAAUUCUGAUUUCAUAUUAGAAAAGUAA